AUGGCCUCAACAUUAGCGAUCGGCGCCGGCGUCGCGGUUGCCGCCUUCCUCGGCAGAGCCGGCCUUGUAGCCUGGCGGCGCUCGCGCGGUGGCGUGGGCGCCCUCGGCAAGGCCUUUUACAAGGGCGGGUUCGAGCCGCGCAUGACGCGGCGCGAGGCGGCGCUUAUCCUGUCGUUGAACGAGAGCGGCCUGACCAAAGAGAAAGUGCGCAAGGCCCACCGCACGCUCAUGCUCCUCAACCACCCCGACAGGGGCGGCAGCCCGUACUUGGCGACGAAGGUCAACGAAGCCAAGGAGUUCUUGGAGAAGAAUGCUUCUUCAUGA